AUGAUUGGGGCAGAAUCAUUUUGGUCUGAUGGACAUCAGGAGUUAUUUCCCUGUGAAGUCUGUGGAAGAUGCUUCGCAGCAGAUGUCCUGGCAAGACAUGGACCAAUAUGUAGAAAAGUCUUCAACAAAAAGCGUACACCUUUCAAUUCCUUGAAGCAAAGAUUACAGGGCACUGACAUUCCUACUGUGAAAAAGGUUCCUCAAUCCAAGUCUCAACCUGUAAAGAAAUCUAACUGGAGACAACAGCAUGAGGACUUCAUCAAUGCAAUUCAAUCAGCCAAGCAGUGCAUGCUAGCCAUUAAGAAAGGUCAGCCUCUUCCACCUCCACCGGCCCCAACCAUCAACCCAGAUUAUAUUCAGUGCCCAUACUGCAUGAGGAGGUUUAAUGAAACUGCUGCCAAACGACACAUCAAUUUCUGCAAAGAUCAGUCUUCUCGCCGAGUCUUUGAUCCUGCCCAGACAGCAGCCAGGUUGGCAGCCAGAGCUCAGGGUAAGGCUCAGGCCAAUCCUAAAAAGGAACCAACUGUGACCAGUGCUGUAGGCGCUUUGCUACAGAACAGGGCCAUGGAAGACAUGAAGGGGGUCUCAGCCAGGUCAGGAUUAGCCACGGAUCCUGCUUUGGGAACAAAACGCAGACAAGGAUUUAGUAAAUCUUCUAAAGAGGGCCAGGUCGCUGAUCAGCAGGUCGCUGAUUGGUCUUGCUCGUUUUAG